AUGGACUCGAAUUUACACAACAUCGCCACCAAUCUCACCAACACGGUGUUGGCCAACAGGGGAGAGCAGGGGCAGCGCAACGCCGUGCUGGUCUCACAGCACGGCACGAACAUCCGCGACCCGGGCUUCCUGUCCCACGACUUCCGGAAAACCUUCCACGCCCCACCGAGACUAUAUUUCACGGCCGAGAGCGACCAGUUCGAUGCUUCAACGUUGCAGGAGUGGCAGAACGCGGGCUUCACCAUCGAGUACUUCCCCAUGGGCAAGGGUGGCGCGUCGUACACGAGAAAGCUGCAGUCGCUCUUCACAAAACCGCUGGAGCUAGGUGAAACCUUUGGAGUAAUCGCAUAUGGGGACGCGGCAGGCGCCUGCCUAGAACACUUCCACAUCCUGGACAACAACCCCGAAAAUAAACUGGGCUGCCUGGUGGCAUACUACCCGAACGUCAUCCCUGACCCUCGGGCCGCAUUUCCCUCCACCAUGGAGGUCGUCGUGCACCUCGCGGGCGACGAGGUCGGCGAGGUCCAUCACAGCCAGCUGGCUGGGGUUGAAGGGAAGCGCAAGGUUGUUCGCCACGACCUCAAGGACGCCAAGGGGAAGGGCAAGAAGCUGGACAUGGCUUAUCCGUGCUACAAGUACGACGCCGAGCCUGGGUUUGCGGAGCGGGACCUGGACGUGUAUGAUGAGGAGCGCGGAGCAAGCAAAAGACCGGACUCUUAUGGCGGUUAA